AGCCAACCACAUCCGCAUUGAUCAUAUGCCGCAACAAGUAGGUUCAAGUGGAGACAUUGGAGAUACAUUUCCUCAUUUCACGGCCCAUGGCUUCAGCUGCCCCCAGAGGUCCUCGAAUCCCUUGCGCAUAGCAACUAUCUAUCACCCCGCCCUCAUCCGAUUGACCCCGCCGUCUUUUACGACUUACUCAAGAUCCGCAAGGCCGUUGACGAGGCCACGAAUCUCGCGGUGCGCGCAACCAGUGGUCUUACGUCCGCAGCCCUCAACAACUCCCUAAAUGCUGGAAAUGGAAUGCUUGGAGGGGCUGCUGCACUGGGAAUAGGAUAUGGGGGCGGUGGUGGGAAUGGGAAACUGAGUAGGGAAAGGAAACAUCGGAUGCGAGAGCUGGCCACGCAAAAGCUAUCUCAGGCAUACCACUUGGAUGAAAUUGCGGCCAGCGUAGCGACGAUGCAAUCCGCAUCGACAUUGGAAGAUGUUGCGCAGCUAGUUCUGCAGCGGAGUGCCAACGAUGUCGAUGCGAAAUACGUGCACUUUUUCCACGAAAAGAUACCCUCGCGGAUGAUGGCGCAGUGUACUCCCUUGGACGUUUUGAAUGAAAUAAUAUCCGAGCGGCCUUCGGAUGGGUCACCUUUGAGAACUCGAGCUUUGACGCGGAUCUUUAAAGAGGACUAUGUGGCCGCGGCGCAAGAUCUCACGGAAGGCCUCCGGUUGUGUCGAUACAGCAUGUCCCAGCAUAGAGCGGGGAAAGACCAGUUGGUUUUGGCGCGGACUAUGAAAGAGCAAUAUGGGCGCGAUUGGAGGUCUGAAGUAAAAGUCGAGGAGGAGGAUCAGCCGAAUUCUCUGGAGACCCAACUUUUAUUUCAUCGCGCGGGCAUAUAUUUCACGAUCGCUUGCCAAUACGUAGACGCAGCCCUAGACGGCCUGAAAGAGGCCGAGGCCGUACAAAAGGACCGUAAAGCUGGUCUCGCUGAAGGAGAAGAACCACCCCCACUCAGCCCUGCGGAGAAGGAGGCUCAUCGCCGACGCCUUGAGGCUCGUAAGCAGGUCAAGACCAAUGCAAGACGGGCUCUGAAGGACUAUAUGGCAUUUCUUGAGCACUUUGACUACACUCCUGGCCUCUCGUCCGAAGUUGCCGAAGAUUUCAUUCGGCGAGUAAACAGUGCUUCGAAUGGAUAUACCGGCCCUGGAAAGAAACACAAUAAAGGACCAGGCACUCCACGUUUGUUAGAUUCGCCGAAUAGUCCCUCGUCGCCAGUAUCCGACGCUCUCGUUCCCCUUCGCAAGCCUAAUCAGCACUACGACCGCUCGAACUGGCCCCAAUUACCACCACCAGAAAUAUAUCAAGUGUCCCAACUUUUCUCCGCUACUACUCCGUCAAGCCUCCCACCGUACCCUAACCCCAACAGCGGCUUGCUCAAUUCAUUGCCUCCAUCCGCAGCAAGCGCUGCCGCUUCUGCUUUCGCAGACUCCCAUGAAGCGAUUACCUACCACCCCCUCAUUACCGACGCCCUUCACUCUCUUCUUCUAUGCCAUGCCCUCCUUCAAACGCCGCCGACUGAACUCCGCCGUCACGCCCAUAAUGCUGCACGCCUCGCCCGCGUAUGCGACGGCUAUCCGAUCUUCCUAGCCGCCCGAUCCCCUGCCCGCGCCGACUGGAUCGAAGUCCUCCGCCGAGCCGGGAACUGGGUCCAGCUCAACCAGAGCUGGGAAUCGCUCUGCCGCCCCGCGCCCCUGCCAGGCCACAAUGGCGGUCAUGGCGGGGGCAGUGAGCUCGCGAAGUCCGGCGCACCCAAUCAACCCAAGCCUGAGACCGAAGCCCAAAAGCGAGAACGCCAGAAGCACGAAGCCAUCCUCGACGCGCUGGCCGACGAGCGCGUCGUAGAUGAGGAGUCUUUCCAGCGCGCUGUACGAGCGAGAGAACGCAGGGCGCGAGAGGACGAGGAGGCGCUGAAGAAUGGGCAUAUGCAUGGCUCAUCAUCGGCAUCUACUUCAGCAGCUCCUUCGUCGGCCUCGGCGGCUUCAGCUAGCUCGGCUCCGAAUAGUCCUGUUCCGCCGCCUAAGCGCUGGGCGCAAGAGGAUGGGAAGGAGUAUCCCAUUUCGACGGAGCGGGCUGAGGCGAUUUCUCGCUGGGUUAGGGAGGCGCCGCUUGUGGUUGAGGGUGGUAAGAAGGGCAAAGGGAAAAAGAGUGCUGCUGGGAGAACCAAGAAGGCACCCAGUCCUCGAUUGGGCGUAAGUCUCGAGGAAAGCGUGAGCAAUCUCAGCGUGGAGGAGGUCGUGGAGCCCGAGCCCGAGCGGAAUGGGGUGUAAACAAAGGGACACGUUAUAGUACGGAUAGUUUUUGAUUAGCAACUGCUUUUUGGAUAUACGUCACUACCUAAGUUAUCAAGAGAGACUACCAACAUCAUC